GUGUGUGACAGAUCAGUGCCACCUUGCUGGGCUGGGACAGAUCAGUGUCACCACUGUUGUGUGUGACAGAGCCAGUGCCACCCUGUCCUGCCACAGGUCCCUGCCCUCACUGCUCACUCGGACAGCAGUGCCAGCAUCCCGCUGUCUGUUCCUGAGAUCCUGGAAAUCUUUGUGCCCGGAGCAGGGACUGGGAGGAAAACUCCCCGUGGGGUGCAGAGGGCAGAGGAGGGGAGAGCUCUGUCAGGGAUAUCCUGAGUGGAAAAGGACCCAGACGCCCCAAAAUCCCACCCUGGGCAUCCCUGGGAACGGUGUCCAGCACUCCUGGAGCUCCGGCAGCCUCGGCCCGUGCCAUUCCCUGGGAGCUGUCCCGGUGUUUAUUCCAGAACCUUCCCUGCUCUCCAGCUCGCCCUUGCCCUGAGCCAGCUCCGUGCUUUUCUGCUGGAAUCCCGAAUUCCCGAGGGCAGGCGCUGCUCCAUGCGCCGGCCGCUGGUGCCAUCUACCCUCGCUCCCUGGAACAGCGGCGCUGCGGGCGGCGGCACUAAUGAGGCUUAAUUAAUUAAACCGGGCAAAGGCCGUGACACGGGGACAAGGAGCGAGCCCGGGCUGUGUCUUCCAGGGAGUAUCGGCUUGUUGGGGAGGGCUAGGGACACGUCCUGCUUUCCCCGGGCUCGGCAGAGCCGGCUCGGGGUGAUGGAUCCGGGCUCAGCAGAAGUUUCAGAGUAAAAAACUUCCACGUUUGUACAGGAUUUUUAGAUGGGGUUUUUUUCCCUUUUUUUUUCCCUGGAGAAUGAAUUUUGCAGUGGACAGUAAAUGCCAGUUUUGCACCAGCUCAGAGCCGAGAGGAGUGAUUGGUUUGGGGGCAUCUCUGAGCUGUGACUCAGCGCCUGGGCAGGGAAAUCAAGCGUCUUUUAUGCAGAAAUCACAAUAAAUUUCUGUGCUCAUUUGCAUUGAGGACCCUCAAAUCUGACUGGAAUGAUUAUUUCCCCCCUUCAACCCUCUCACUAAUUCCCAGUGACUCACCCGGUGGAUCCACACGUUCUCCCAGCUCCGAGGGGCAGAGCCAGGUCCCACCCGAGGGAAAUCCAGAGGGAAAUCUGGGUUUGGGAGCAGGGAGCGGCUGCAGGAGCAGAGCAAGCUCAGACCCCUCUUGCUCCCGACAGCGAAUCCCAGCCUGGCCAGGGAAGGGAUCUGGGAAUUCCGCAGCAGGCACAAGAUCAGCAGCAGGUGAAGAGGAGAGAGGAGAGGGAGGAAGAUUUCAGCAAAGGCUGCCCAGCCCCGGAGGUGAGUGUGGGAGCAGCGGUGGGAGGCCGGAGGGAAAAUCCAAACUGUCAGCAGAGACCUGGAAAGGACUGAGAGCUACCAGCACUUUUCCUGUGCUGACGACAGUGGGACUGGAUUGCAGCUGGGGCUUCAGAGAUGCUGUGGGAGCAGGGAAAACGGGAAAACAUGCUCUGGAUGCUGAUGGAGCAAAUGAAAAACCUCGGCAGGACCGGAUAAACGGGGAAGCCAUGGAUGGGUUUUACCCCUCUGCAGGAGGAGCCGGGCAGGACGUGCUCAAUGCAACCAGCUGGGCCGAACAGAGCCACUCCCCGCUGUCCCUGCGUGUGGUGACAGCCACCUGCCUGGCCCUCCUCAUCCUCUCCACGCUGCUGGGGAACGCCCUGGUGUGCGUGGCUGUGCUUAGGUUCCCACAGCUGCGCUCCAAGGUCACCAACCUGUUCGUGCUCUCCUUGGCUGUGUCUGACCUGCUGCUGGCCGUGCUGGUGAUGCCCUGGAGAGCGGCCACUGACGUGCUGGGCUCCUGGCCCUUUGGGGCUUUCUGUGACCUUUGGGUGGCUUUUGACAUCAUGUGCUGCACGGCCUCCAUCCUCCACCUGUGCCUCAUCAGCCUCGAGCGCUACUGGGCCAUCGCCGACCCCUUCUGCCACCAGAGGAGGGUGACACAGCGUGCGGCCUUGGUCACCAUUGGGGUGGCUUGGCUGCUGUCCCUGCUCAUCUCCUUGGUCCCCGUGCAGCUGCGGUGGCACAAGGAGCCCCUGAGCCGGGAGCAGCUGGGAUUGAACAGCUCUGUGGAGGAGGGGAGCUGUGAUUCCAGCCUCAGCAGGACCUACGCCAUCUCCUCAUCCCUCAUCAGCUUCUACAUCCCUGCUGCCAUCAUGCUGGUCACCUACAGCCGCCUCUUCCUCAUCGCCCGGCGCCAGCUCCGCGGGAUCUCCUCCCUGGAGAGACCAGCUGGACACGCCUGGAGCUGCCCUCGGGAAACCUCCCCGAAAAACUCCCUCAAGAAGGAGACCAAGGUGCUCCAGACCCUCUCCAUCAUCAUGGGUGUCUUCGUGUGCUGCUGGCUGCCAUUCUUUGUGCUCAACUGCCUGGUGCCCUUGUGCGACACCGAGCCGGGCGGCCCGGGAGCGCUGCCGUGCGUCAGCAGGACCGUGCUCAGCACCUUCACCUGGCUGGGCUGGGCCAACUCUGCCCUCAACCCCAUCAUCUACGCCUUCAACGUGGAAUUCCGCAGCGCUUUCGCCUCCCUGCUGGGCUGGGGCCGCCUCUGCCCCGGCAGUGCCAUGGAAGCAGUGACCUUCAGCAAGGAGCUGGUGUCCUUCCUCUGUGACACCGCCGGCCACAGGGCUCUGGAGACCCCCAGCCACCCCCAGCUACUGCCCCAUGCUGUGCCGCAGGUGGAAAACCACGAGGUGACCUUAGAGAGGGUUUCUCCGGGCUCCUCUCCCUGUCAGGAGCCCUUUCCUGAGUGCGGAAGCCCCAUCUGGCCGGGGAGGACUGCCCCGCCCUUCCACUGAGCCUGGGGUGGGAAAGGAGUGGUGGGAAGGUCUCCAGCAGAGAGGGAAGCUGGGACAUUCCUGUCACUGCCCGUUCUCUGAGGAGCUGAGGAUAAUGAGGAAGUUUCACCCUGAUUGCAUCACCGAGUGUGGAAUAGCCAGAGUUGUUUUCCAGGUGUCUCCAGCCGUCUUUUUGUAACUGAAUUUCGGUCCCAGCCUGGGUGGGCAGCAGGGAUUUGUGUUGCUGCUUUCUCCAGUUCACCCAUGGAGAAAAAACCUCCCUUUCUGCAAAAGAUGGAAAUGGAAGGGCUGGAAUUCAGCUUUACCAGUGACUUCAGCUGAGAGAGCAGAGAUGGUUCAGUUUCCUGAGCCCCUCCAUGGUCAGGAAGUGAAAACCCUACGGCUGCAGGGAGAGGCGGCUUUGGCCACUGCCCUUGUCCUGUGGCCACUGGCCCGAGGCUGCUGGAUGGGCACUGGCCAAAUCCAACUGGACACUGGCCUGGGGCUGCUGGCAGAACUGGUCAAUCAUGCCUGGAGCUCUGUGGGGCUAUGCUGGGCUGUGUGGCACCUCCAGCCAUGGAAAGCCAGUGGACUGUAUGGGAAGGAGGCUCUGGAUUUGCCAGGAUAACUCUCCUGGCCUCACCCCUGUCUGUUCCAGUCCCCAGGAGCUCAAUGGAUGUUCCAGGAUAACUCCCCUGGGCUCUCCCUGUGCUCAGGAACUGCAGGUCUGGCCACCUUCCCUGGAGCCCUGGGGCUGUGUCUGGAGCUGUUCCAAGAUGGAUUUGGAGCCUCCUCGAGCUGGGAUCACCUAGCUGAGGGCUCUGGGCAGGGGUCAAAGUCAUAUUUUAGCCCCUGGGUGUUUGGAACCUUUGGGAAUGAGGGUGUUGGAGCCCUCCAGAGGGCAUUGUCCAGGUUUCUGCUCCUCCAGCCCACCCUGCUUCCCCAGAUCCUCCUGUUGUGAGGCCCUUCCUUCCCUUUUUGCUUUAUUCUCCCACUAAUUCCCUUCCUCCUCCAUUUCAUUACGGAUCAUUCUGUCCCCGGAACUGCCUGGUCUCAGCGAUGAAGGCUCCUCAGAACCUCUGCUUGCUCGCCAAUCGACUUCUGGAAGUUUCUAUGUGACCGGAGGGGUCAGGAGCUGCUCCCAGUGCUCCGUUCCAUCCCUGGCAGUGACCUUGGGAAGGAAUUUUCAUCCCUGCCCGAUUAAACACGGCUCAUCCCUGUGAAUCCCUCAGGGGGAUCCUCAGCUCUCCAGUAAUGCAGGAAAGCCUCUCCCCCUCCUCAGUGAACAGGGAGAGUUCUAAUUACAGGGGAAGCACUAAUUACAGAGUGCCACUAAUGAUGAAACAGAGCCCAGUUCCAGCGGGAUCAGCGUGGGAGCUCUCCCAGACUCCGGGAUUUUUCCAGGGAAGCACUGACAGGACUCAACAGCACCCAUGGCACCCCCCCUGUGGGACAGCCAGGAGGAUUUGGGGUCAAUCCAAAACAAUCUUGGGGUUUUGAAGCCUAAUUUACAGAAGGGAAUAGUGGUCUGAGAUGGGGACGAUCGCCUGGAACCCCUCAAGUGACUGAUUUAAUCUGAAUGCUGCCAUAAUGUUUAUAAUUAAUGUUUAUAAUUAAACUCCGGGUGUUGUGGGGUGCUUGGAGCUCCUGCCUUGGCCGCAGGAGGGAACUGGAGUGCCCAACUUUUCCCAAAACUGUUUUGGAAGAGUUUCCUGGUACUUGUGGCAAAAUUCUGGGGCUUUAUCCAGUAUGGUUUGGAAAGGGAUUGGAGGAAAACAGCCAGCUCGGUGUGUCUGUGGUGCCCCUGAACAAAGAGGCUGAAGUGACCCUUUUUUGUGUCCUAUUAUUACCCGUAUUUCAUAAUUGAAUUGUUUAAUUUAAUGAAUUAAACAUUCAUUAAAUUAAUUUCGUGAUUGUUGCAUUUUCCUGCAGCAACUCUUUCCAGUCCCCCGGGCCUGGCAGCAGAAGGGACAAGGUGGUGGCAGAGCCCAACCCUGGCAGGGGAAGAAAUAAAUCCCAGAUAUUCCUGUGGGCAGACUGGGAAAUGGCUGCAAACUGUUCCUUCUUUUCCUGGCUGCAGAAUGCGGCUCCUUUUCCUGUUUUUUCCUGCACAGGAAUUCCUCCUUUUCCUCCUCCUCUUCUUCCUUCUCCCAUCCCAAAUUCCACACUCAGGUGAGUGAAAUUAUUCCAUAUGAUGCCAGAGGAGGGAUUGGGAAAGGAUUUGUGCCUGACCCUGCUCUGUAAUCUUAAAAAAAAAACCCAGGUCACUUCCCAGAGCUCUGGAGGUGCCAGGGGCGACCUGGGGACAGGUUUUGGGAUUUUGGGGUGAGGAGCAGAGGGACCAGAGUAAGGAGAUAUUUGCAAAAGAGGGAAAGGAGGAAAAGCAUCAAAUCCACGUGGAAUUCAGCAGCUAGAGGGGAAAAAAAUUGAGGUUCCUCCUAACACAAACGAUUCCAUGAUUUUAAUGUGUUAGGCUGGGAGACUGUGGGAAUUAACCCUGCACAGGUGAUUUGUGCAGAUGUGGAAUUUCCCAGCUGGAAUUGCAAGGGAACAGCCUGGGAUAGGGAAUGACUGCUGUCCUUAAAGCGAUUUUUCAGCAAGAAAAAAUCAGGAAUUUUAGGAGGAAUGGAUUUAAACAGAGGAAAGGGGAAAAUGAGCA